UUUGUCAGUUUGCAUUCCUCCCGGACAACUGAACCUUUGACGGUUGACAAGUUCGUGCUAGGUUCUUGCUGUGUGUCCAUGUAGAGCUGGUAGGGCUGUUGUUCAUACCUUAGACGCCAGAACCUUGCCGCCGCCAGUUUCUUCACCGACCCACUCCUCGUCACGUUGCAUCUGUCUCAUCGCGCCGUGAGGCCAGUUGGGAUUUUCACCUCCCAUCUCCGCAGCCAUGGCCCAUCCGUCUGGCCAUCCCUCUGGCGACAAGGCCCAACCCGGUCUCAAUGUGCAGACGGGCCAAUUCUUCCAGGAUGCUCGUGACGGGACCAACCUGCAUGAUGCGGAAGAGAAGCAGGACGACAAGAAGGGUGACUCGAUGUACAAUGACACCUUUGGGGAUGAAGAGUAUGCUGAGGUCAAGUACAAGGUCUUGAGCUGGUGGCAAUGCGGCUUUCUCAUGGUUGCUGAGACCGUUUCUCUGGGUAUUCUGUCCUUGCCUGCCGUUGUUGCAGAGCUGGGUCUGGUUCCCGCUAUUAUCCUCUUGCUCGGUCUGGGUCUGCUGGCUACUUAUACCGGUUACGUCAUCGGCCAGUUCAGAUGGGCCUAUCCGCAUAUCCAAAGCCUGGCGGAUGCUGGCGAGAUCCUUCUUGGGCCCAUCGGUCGUGAGGUCUUUGGAACAGGCCAGCUCCUACUGGUGGUCUUCAUCAUGGCGAGCCAUCUUCUGACCUUUUCGGUCGCCAUGAACACCAUCACUGACCAUGGGACGUGCACCAUGAUCUAUGGCGUCGCGGGCCUGGUGAUCUGCUACAUCCUGUGCUUACCUCGGACAUCUGCGAAGAUGUCCUAUCUCUCCGUCGCCUCUUUCAUCAGUGUAUUCGCUGCGGUACUGAUUGUCAUGGUUGCGGUUGGUAUCGAGCGUCCUUGGAAGGGAAGCCUUGCCGCGACUGUGGAUACCAGCUUGUACAAAGCGUUUCUUGCGGUCUGCAAUAUUGUCUUCUCUUUCUCCGGCCACGUUGCCUUCUUCGGCUUCAUGUCCGAAUUGAAGGAUCAUCGGGAAUACCCCAAGGCGCUUUGUCUUCUCCAGAGUAUCGAUACGAUCCUCUACAUUGUCACAUCGGUGGUGAUCUACAUCUACGCGGGACCGAAUGUCACGUCCCCUGCGCUCGGCUCCGCCAGUCCUCAGGUGGCCAAGAUUGCUUAUGGAAUUGCUCUUCCGACUAUCAUCAUCGGCGGGGUUGUCAACGGCCAUGUCGCCUGUAAAUACGUCUAUGUCCGUCUCUUCCGUCACGGGGAUCACAUGCACAGCCGGGGUCUGGUCGCGACGGGAUCCUGGGUAGGCAUCAUGCUGGGACUGUGGGUGAUUGCGUGGAUUAUCGCCGAGGCCAUUCCGGUGUUUAGUGAUCUGCUGAGUCUGAUCGCAUCCCUCUUCGCCAGUUGGUCUACUUUCGGCUUCAGCGGUAUCUUCUGGCUCUACCUCAACAAAGGCCAGCUUUUCUCUUCUCCCCGGAAAAUCGCAUUGACAAUCCUCAAUGUGAUUAUUGUCGGGAUUGCCGCAUGCAUUUGCGGUCUUGGACUCUACGUCUCGGGGCGGUCUCUUCACGAUGACGCCAACAGCAACAGUUUCUCCUGUGCAAAUAACGCCUGAUAGAUAUAUGAGAUCUAUGGUAUAUACGUGUAAAGUAAUAGAGAUAUUUUC